AUGGCGACACCUGUGGGUUUUUACAUCAUGGACUCGCAGCCUGGACCAGAGACGACAGAUGCUGCUCAGUCUCUGACGAAACUUUUUGCCCACCCGCCUCCCCCCUCCUCCCCCUCCCCUCCCCUCUCCUCCCCCUCCCUCCCCCCUCCUCCCCCCUCCUCCCCUCCUGUGCCGAGCCAUGUGCAACAGCCAGGGGGCGCUGGAGCAGCAUGGGAAAUCGAGGAUGAGGAAGAGAAACCGGAAGUCAAACCCGGGCCAUUCUCGGAGCCUGGACAGGAUAUGGUGAUGUUAAUGAGGGAGUUUCUGGCUGGACAGCAACGCCGGGAAGAAGGGUUGCUGGUAGAACUCCGGAGGCUGGGGAAUGCUCAGUCUAACCCUCCGUCUUCUCCACCGCCUUUGUCCAGAGAUCGGCCGGUUCCACACUUUCCCGUUUCACGUGCCCAGUCUCAGGCAUCAUUGUCACUGUCCGACAGGAGCCCAAUGAUUGGAUUACCGACCCCUGCUGGCCAGCGAAUGCAGUACGCAGGGAUUCAUCAGGGAGAGAGCCCCACGGAGACCUAUCAUCGUCUCAGAGGUCUCUAUCGUCGCUGGAUACGGCCCGAGGAGCGGACCAAGGAGGAGGUCGGCGAGGCAAUCAUCAUGGAGCAGCUGCUGCGAGUUUUCCCCUUCGAGGUGCGGACCUGGGUGAAGGAGCGCGAGCCCGGCGAUGGACUCACCGCUGCAAAGUUGGCCGUGCAGUACCUCAACGCGCGCAAAGGAGGACCUGCCCGGACCGGCACUACAGCUCAGCGUGGGCCAGCUCAGCCGCUUCUCUCCAGACCACCCCGGCAGGACAGCUACCCAGAUCGGCAAGCUCAGGCAAAAACGGGUGUCCAGCCUCUGCCGGACUUGGACAGUAGUCUGUGUGAGGGGGGCACCAAGGGGCCCAAGAAGUCCCGCCGUCAGAGGCGCGUAAAGAUGAAACAUUGA